GUGGCUCCCCAACUUACCAUAGUUAACUAAUCACACAAACACAACAGGGGACGGGAGGUGGGACGUGGCUGCCAUUUCUUCUCUACAGUCUACACUUUUGUCCGCCGGUGCCGGAAAGUAAAAAAGCCGGACGGCAUGGAGCUUCUUCUCAGCUCCCCAAGCUCUACUCCAUUAUUUUUCAGACCCAGAACCACUAUGUUGAUUAAAUUCCCUUUCAUCUCAAUAUCUUUCGGUAAUCUGCACAGUAAGAGUAGCCGCAGCCUCAGCAGACUACUCAAAAUAUCAUCAUCGUCAUCGUCGGCGGAGGUGAUGACUUUGGAGCAACCGGGAGGGAAGAUGGUGGUGGAGUUGGUUGGGGCUUUCAAUGAACUGACUGGGAGAAUGAGCAACAAAACUGUGCUGUCCAGCAGCUCCUCCCGGUUGCUUUUCAAGGCCCUCAAGCUCUCUAUUCCUGUCCUCCACAUUCUGCCACUUCUCCCCGACGGCCGCUCUCCCCUCACCAAAGCCUUGUCUGUCGCAGUUAUUCUCGCCGAUCUUCAGAUGGAUGCUGAGGUAAUUUCUGCUGGAAUAUUGAGAGAAGUUAUAGAAGGAGGCGCAAUUUCAAUGUAUGAAGUGAGAGAUCGUAUUGGAACUGGCACUGCUCAUCUUCUACAUGAGAGCAUGCGUUUAAAAAACAUUUCUUCAAAGGUGGAAGUAUUAGAUGAUGAGAGUGCAUCUGCAUUGAGGAAAUUCUGCCUCACAUACUAUGAUGUGAGAGCUAUUAUUCUGGACUUGGUUUUGAAGCUUGACAUGAUGAGGCACCUUGAUCAUCUCCCACGGUACAAGCAGCAAAUGAUUUCUCUAGAGGUCAUGAAGAUAUAUGCCCCUUUAGCACAUGCAGUUGGAACCAAUAUUUUAUCCCUGGAACUGGAGGACCUCUCCUUCCAGUACUUGUUUCCUUAUUCAUACCUUUUUGUUGACACAUGGUUGAGGAGCCAUGAGGCUGGAAGCAAGCCUCUGAUAGACAUAUACAAGGAGCAGCUGCUUCAAUCACUUAGAUCUGAUCAAUAUUUAACUGAAAUGGUAGAAAACAUCUCUGUUGAAGGUCGUUUUAAGAGUCGCUACAGUACUAUGAAGAAACUAUUGAGAGAUGGACGUAAACCUGAGGAAGUGAACGACAUCUUAGGAUUAAGGGUAAUACUGUUGCCAGCAUCAGGAGUUGAUACAUCUGCCAUUGGAGAAAAAGCCUGCUAUAGAGCACGUGAGAUCAUCCAAUCCUUGUGGAAAGAGAUGCCUAACAGGUCCAAAGACUAUAUACUGUGCCCUAAGGCUAAUGGAUACAAGAGUUUACACAUGGCUGUUGAUACCAGUGACAAUGGUAGGACAAGACCACUGAUGGAAAUACAGAUUCGGACAGCAGAGAUGGAUAUGUUGGCAGCUGGUGGAACAGCAUCCCAUGCAUUAUAUAAAGGUGGUCUUACCAAUCCGGAAGAGGCAAAGCGGCUUAAGGCUAUUAUGAUGGCUGCAGCUGAGCUAGCAGCCCUGCGUCUCAGAGAUUUUCCUUCCUCAAGUCAUAAAGGUCUAGAAAUUGAUCCCAGAAAUCGAAUUUUCCGUCUGCUAGACAAGAAUGGAGAUGGUAAAAUCAGCAUUGAGGAACUUAUGGAAGUUAUGGAAGAGCUCGGUGCUCAAGGCGAAGAUGCACGGGAGAUGAUGCAACUCCUUGAUUCAAAUAGUGAUGGAUCUUUGAGCUCAGAUGAAUUUGAUUUAUUCCAGAAACAGGUUGAACUCAUGCGGAAUUUAGAAGACAGAGAUGUCCAAUACAAGAAUCUAUUGCAUGAGAAGCUUCAAAUAGAAGACAGUGAUGGAAUGAUUCAGUACCAGUAAAAAGCUGCCAAGGCUUUCAGUAAACUAGUUUAUUGGUUAUCAGGUAUGGCCAAUUCGAGAGCCAAUAGUAUAACUUUGAUUCAGAUGUCCAGUCAUUAGCGUUGCUCUUUUAGUUGCGCAUAGCUUCGCGGAAUUAUGUAGAAUCACUUGCACAGCAUGUAAAUAGAAUCACCCAAGGUUAACUCAUGAAAUUUUAUUUUGUGUGAUUCAUAAGAAACCGUCUCUGCAGAUAGCGGCCAUCACCCUAUCAGUGUGUCACUUUGAAGUAUGGUAGUUUAAACCGCAAUUCUGAUA